AUGAUGAUGCAGGCGUUCCGUCGGUUGCGUGGAGAGGGCAGCUUGGAGGCUGACCUCCGGCAGAUGUCGGAAAGCUACAUGGAGUCCCCACCGAAGGAGGUCCUCGCCAGGGUAAUGCAGGCAUCAGAAUACGCAGAGGAGCGAAAGCGAAUCGUUCUCUACUUGCAGGCCUGCUUGGCAGACACGCGCUGGCGCCCAAUCCUCUCAGGAAUGUGGUUGCUUUCGGAAUUACUGCAGCGUGGAUGCCAGCGGCUUUUUGAGGAGAUGGCUCACGGCUUCCACUUCGACCCACUGCAACGUCUGAGCCUCCUGGAGCGCUUCGAGUACGGCGAGGACCCACGCGUACAGAAGCUCAUUCGCCAGAAGGCCUCCCACUUGCGGGAAGCCCUGCUUGAGAAAUUGGCCUCGAGUGCAGAGCUCACGCCCGCGGAGGAGCUGCGAGGCUUCUCCAACGCCGACGUCUUCGCGGAGCCGAAGCCGCGAAGGCAAGGGCAAGCGAUCAAUGGCGUCGCCUUGAUCGGGCACACCGCCGAUACCGACGACGAAACCAGUGAUGGUGAGUUCUCGCCACAUGGCCUGCAGCAUGCGGCAUCCACGGUUUCUACAGAGUCCUGCGGGGAUCUCGUGGUGCUCGAAGACUGCCGUAGUUGCGGAACAGGCGAUGCUGUGAAACCGGCGGAUCUGGGGAACAGCGAUCCGGUGGUGGACCUGCUGGACCUUGCGUAG